AGGACUCGGGCGAAAAAAAAAAGAAAAAGAUUUGUUUGGUGUCCAGCAGCUAACCUCCGUCGUUUUGCAUGAUCGUGUGAUAUUGGACCAUUUUUCAGGCGGCGAGCAAUAGCAAAGAUAUAACACAGCACAACAAUGGAUGACCCGGAGCUGGAAGCGAUCCGCCAGCAGCGGAUGCAGCAAAUGCAGGGCGGCAAUCCGGACCAGCAGAAGGCGAUGCAGGAACAGCGGCAGGCGCAGGAGGAGAUGAAGAACGCGAUGCUGGUGCAGCUGCUCGAUCAGGACGCACGGGCACGGCUGAACACGCUCAAGCUCAGCAAACCGGAGAAGGCCCAGAUGGUGGAGGGCAUGAUCAUCCGCAUGGCACAGACGCGCCAGAUCGGCGACAAGCUGGACGACGCCAGCCUGGUGAAGCUGCUCGAGAGCCUCAACCAGCAGAUGCCGCGCAGCAACUCAACCGUCAAGUUCGACCGAAGGCGGGCGGCACUGGACUCGGACGAUGACGAUGACGAUUACGGCAUUUAAGGUGGAGCUGGAUUCUGGUUUCCUUCGUACAGCGUCCAGUCCGUUGCACGCUUUGCCUUCUAAACCGCUCUAAACCCGCACGGCGCAGAGGCGGAAGCAGUCAGACCUCACAGAUAUUAUCUAUUAUCUCCCUUUUCCCCUCCCGCCGUGUCAUCAAGCAUCUCCACACCGAAUAAACGCAAUAACGGCAAUACGCUUUUUGGGUAAAAAUUAA